AUGCAGUUUCCAACCGCUCUCCUCGCAACUCUCCUCUCAACCGCUCUUGUUGCCGCCCAAACAUACCCAGCCUCACUCGUCUGCGGCGGCUCCGCACAGUCGGGCGCCGUCGACUGCAACAACGGCUUCUGCUGCCGCAAAGAAGCUCGGUGUGUGACCGGCGGGGACGUCACGACAUGCUCUGACGGCACUGUCGCGUUCCCGUAUGACCUCUCGCCCUCCAACGUUGUGUCCUUCGCCAACGUCAUCCGCACCGAGACCCCAGCCGCAUACUCGUCUAUUCUAGCACAGAUCACGACGAACGCGUUUAUCAGAGCACAGAUCCCAUCCACUGUGCUCGAUCAGAUUGAGGGCAAGACGGAGGCGCCUGCGGCGACCAACUCUGAUGGUGCUGCUGCAAAUCUGCGUGCGCCCGGCGGGAACUGGAACGGCCUGGGUGGGCUUGCGGCUGUUUGGGGUGUUGCUGCAGCGGGUGGCGCAGCGUGGGUUUUUGCUUAG